AUGCCUGGCCGCCUUUGGAAUUGUGAUGAAACUGGACUAUCUUAUGUAGUAAAGCCUAAUAAAGUAGUCACUGCUAUUGGUAAACGUUAUGUUUAUAAAAGAACUUAUGCUGAUCGUGGAGAAACGCAUACACUUUUAGGAUGUGUAUGUGCCAAUGGAUCAUGGAUUCCACCUUUAAUUAUAUUCAAAGGCGUUAGAUGGAACGAUAAUCUUAAAGCUGGUUGUUUACCAAACUGUAUGGUAAAAUUAUCUCCAAAAGGAUGGAUUAAUAGUGACUUAUUUUUGGAAUGGUUUAAAUUUUUUAUUGAUUCUAUUCCAAGUGAACGACCUGUGAUAUUAUUCAUGGAUUCACAUGCAUCACACAUUAACAUGGAUGUUAUAUUACUUGCAAAAGAAAAUGAAAUAUAUUUAUUUACAUUUCCAGCUCAUACUAGUCAUUUAUUACAAUCACUAGAUGUAGGAAUAUACAAGCCACUUAAUGGCAUUUGCCCUUUAAAUAAAAAUGCCAUUCUUCCAGAAGCAAUAGCUCCACCUCAAUUGACAAACAGAGAGAUUCAAAGUACAGAAAUUCAACCACACAGUAAUACUGCUAUACAAGCUACCUAUGUUAAAAAGAAACCAUGUGAUUUAAGUAAAGUGAGACAAGUGCAGGUGAAGUGGAACAAGCGAGUAACUAACAACAUGUUGACAAAAAAUAUUAUUUAA